CUAAUUACAGAAUAUUACAGAUCACCGGCCAGGCAACUAACCGCCCCCCCUGUUUUGAAUGUUGUCCGGCUUGUUGCCAUGGGCAGGGUCUGAUUGACCAUGCGGGCAUCCGUGCUUCUUAACCCGCGUCAGGUUGAAGCACUUCCCAACGCUACCCCCUUUGGCUAUCAACAGCUCCAACCAACUGUCACCGGGCCGGUUCUGCAAUGCCUCCGCCACGUCUUGGUUGCUCGAAAAAAACAGCUGCGUGGGCGGGCGGGUCAAGAUGCCAUGGUCAAGAAAGCCGCCAAGAAGCCGGCCAUGGAGGCAGAGCCAAAGAGGAGAAGGAAAUCCGCGGUGAGUUCACCACCCGCGGCCUCUCCACAGAUCGCAGAGCCAAAGAGGAGAAGGAAGUCCGUGGUGAGUUCAUCACCACGACCUACUGCAUCUCCACAGACAGGACGUGCACGGAGCGUGGAAGAAGCUGUUCCAAAAGGCGCCGAGAGCAGCGUGACUAGCGCUCGGGCGACAGAGCCUGAGGACAGAGGAAUCGCCUUUUUGAGGCUUUCUGCUGAAUGCCGACCCUCCACGACGGUGAGCCAACUGAUCUAUUUCAACAAGGAGUCCUUGACGGUGGGGCGCAUGCCCAACUGUGACAUCGUCAUGGACUCCACCCGCUUUCCGCAGAUGAUCUCCCGCACGCAUGCGCGCCUCGUGACCACCAACGUGGGCACCCCUCAGCAGGAGUGGGCAAUCCAUGACUGCAAGUCCAUGAAUGGUGUCACCGUGAAUGGCGAAGCUGUUGGCGUCUCGGGCAGGACGCUGCGGAUGGGCGACGUGGUGAACUUCGGGAAACGCGUGGUUCCGCCGGAGUUUGAGUUCAUCUUCGAGGCGCCACAAAGCAGCGGCUUAGCAGAAGAGUUGCUGGUGCAGAUGAAGCGGAUUGCUGAUCUGGAGCAGGAGCUUCAAAAGUCCGAGAAGAAGCGCGAGGCGAUUCCCAAGGGCUUGAAGAUCUCGGAGCUCUCCAAUGAGUUGGCCUGCUGCGUCUGCAAGGACUGGCUUGUCCAUGCGGCGACCAUCCAGUGCUCUCAUACCUUCUGCUGGUCUUGCAUCGACCAGUGGUUGCAAACGAAGCAGUUCGUUUGCCCUGUUUGUCGCAAGGAGGUCACCCGGGAGCCGGUGCGCACACGCGCGGUGGAUGCCGUGGUGCAGAAGACGGUCUCGCAGAUCUCAGCGGAAGAGCAGGCGGAAUUUGCCGCGCGCAUCAAGAAGGCUGAGGUGGAAGACUCCACCAGCCAGAAACAUUUGGAAGACCUGGAGCGCCAAAUCAAUGAGGCGCUAAGAGCCGGGAAGAAGUUCUUCCACAUCAACCAGCUUUGGGGGAAGAAAGACAAAGAUGCCUGUCUGAAGCUAGUUUUGAGCUGCCGCGCCCCCUGUCUGACCAUCUCUUAGAACGCACAGGGCCUUUGUUGAGAACUACUGAUCAGCGGGGCUUCGAAAAAUAGAUCCAGAAGCAAAUUCACCGGCCAAGCGGGGGCCCUUUGCACCUGACCACUUUAGUCAUCGUGGGCAUCGCAGAGUUCGUGUCCUCGCAGAGCCACAGUUGGACUGAUCGCCAUGGAUCACUUUUGAGAAGCUUUGGAUUUGUACAGUUAGCUUAGUGAUCUACUUCAAUAGCAAGGCCCUUGAGGUCUCAAGAAGGCUGGAUCGCAGCAGUUGAUCUUGAUUGGGAUGGCCAGAAAGCAAGACUCAACAAGAUCCAAUCAAGCCAAUGACACCAUGUUGUUAAGCUCACAAACACAUCCAGGGGGAGUUCCAACGACACGAGUGCAAGCUCCAUGGUCGUUUGGGUUUUCACCCCGCGUUGCCACGCCAUU